AGCAUAAAGGAGGUCUUAAACUUUUUAAUUGUCACAGAAGGAGCUGUGUCUCAGCUAAACCAGUGUCACUUGAGCCAUCCCACCAGCGGGCCAGUCAGACAAGCAGCUGUUAAGUUCUCUGAUUCAUCUUCGCAGGACUGAGCUGGAGCCCCGUUCAUACCAGCCAUUCAUGCCAUAUCUUCCUUUAGUCCGUCCCUUCCAGCCCCAGUCAACUAUUCAACCUCUCGGCCGCUCUGCCUCCCCUGCUCCGCCGCGCAGACCUCCUUUUUCCUGCCUCAGGAUGUGAUGAAGUGUCGUUCCUGCCAGCGCAGUCAGACUCGUCCUUGUUCUCAUGUGUUUGUGCAUUGAAGAGCUUACAAGAACACAGCCUGCCAGGGCCAGGCAGCUGCUGCUUCCUCCAGCUUGCAGCACUUUAGGGGGGACAACAGCAGGAUGCCAUGGGGGAGAAGUGGCUCGGUGGCCCUUCUGCUGCUUGCAGGCAGAGUGACCGGGCGAGCCAAGGCCAGAGAUCCCAGCCCCACCGAGAUGAAUGUGGAGCCCUGGGCCAGCCCGCAGGACCAGGCAGCCGCUGAACUCGCGCACAGCACCGACUCGCCGCCCUUGCAGGAUCAGGAGCAGCACCCCGACAAACUCUGCCUGGACUCAUUUUGGAGUGAGGUUGAGAACAUCACACAGGGGAGUGGCUACGCCGACCUCGACUGCACCAGGAGAGACUCCAGACAGUCCGAAGAGGGAGAACAGGAGGAGCAGUGGCUAGCCGAUGCCGGCCUGUCAACGCUCAUCAGUGAGGACAGCGAGGAAGUGGACAACGCGCUGCUGCUGUCCACUCUGACCCGAACGCAGGCCGAGGCAGUGCAGCGUCGCAUCGACUCAUACACGCUGUCCCUCCGCAAGAGGAACAAACCCCCACCUCGAGACGUUCGCGACAUCUUCAACUCCCCCAUUGCUCAGACACUUUUACCCGAGUCUGCACACGGUGACGAUCUCGCCGGAAACAGCAUGGCGUCGGUCGCGAAAACACCGCUCUCAGCUGUGACACCGGAACACCAGCGAGGCGCCCCGAAAGAGGAAUUCUUCAUCACUGACGUGGCGUACUGCGAGCAGGCCGUCAUCCUCCUCAAACAAGCCAAGCUGCCGCAGAAUAACACCCAGCGCCGGAAAGAAGACGGCACCCUGCCUCGGGUGAUCUGCCCCAAGUGUCGUCUCGGAGUGACACACAUUCAGGACCUGUCUCACUCAGACAUGAAGAAGGUGCGUCAGCUGGCUCUCAUCGACAUGACGGCGCUGAGCGACCUCCUCGAGCUCGAGGUCAAAAGGCACAAAACUGGAAAGAGGAAAAUCCCAGAGAGCACGCUCUUCGGGGUGCCGCUGGCCACACUGCUGGACAACGAUCUGAAAAUGAAGCCCAACACCACCAUUCCCCUCUUCAUGCAGGCCUUGCUGACGUUUCUGGAGAAGAAAGGAGUGGAUUCGGAGGGGAUCCUGCGGGUUCCAGGAUCUCAGUCCAGAAUCAAGCAGCUGCAACAGAACCUCGAAACCAACUUCUACUCAGGGCAGGUCAGCUGGGAGGAAGUGAGUCCAAACGACGCUGCCGCCCUGCUCAAGAAGUUCAUCCGAGAGCUUCCAGCUCCGCUGCUCACUGCCGAGUACCUCAACACCUUCAGUGCUGUCAGAGACAUCACAGACCUGAAGCAGAAACUCCACAUGUUGAACCUGCUCAUCCUGCUGCUGCCGGAGCCCAACAGAAACACUCUGAAGGCCCUGCUGGAGUUCCUCAGUAAGGUGGUUUCCAGGGAAAAGAGGAACAGGAUGAAUCUGUGGGCCGUCGCCACCAUCAUGGCUCCCAACCUCUUCCUCCACAAGGCUGUGCCCAGCCGGCUGACGGAGGGAGCGGAGAAGGGCCAGGCGGAGAAGGCGGCGGACGUCAUGAGGCUGCUGAUCCGCUACCAGGACCUGCUCUGGACGAUUCCUAAUUUCUUGAUGAGCCAGGUGCGAAAGCUGAACGAAAACAGUAACCGGCGAUACCAGUUCUACGAUCGCCGCAUCAAGAACCUGCUGAGGAAGAUCCACACAGACAGCAAAGACAAGCCUGACAAAAACAACGCAGAGCCGCAUCGAACAGUGAAGAUUCAGGUGGGAGAUCUGGUCAGCGGGACGAUGGACUUCCAGCUCAACAUCAACGCCCGAGCCUCAGACCUGCUCACCCAGUUCCAGCGGCAGUUCCUCCGCAGCCCUGACAACGGAAAGGGCAAAAUACGAAGGAACGGCUCGGUGGCGUAUCCCGACUGCGCUCUGUACGAAGUGGGAGGAAACAUCGGUGAACACUGUCUGGACCCCGACACACACCUCCUGGAUUUAUACAACAGCAACCCCGCAGGAGAGUGGUUCAUCAAGCUGAAGCCCAACAGCAGAGCGCUGUGACGUGGAGGCCGCGGGACGACAGACGUCGAAACGGAGUCGGAGAGGAACAAUAACGGCGGCAUCCUAAAAAAAAUCACAGACACACUGCGGCCGUUGCUGCUCCACGUCCUGCUCACCCUCUGAGCAACAAGCGAGGGCGCGGCGACAGAUGGAGGAAGCAGAAGCAGAGAGAGGGAGUUUGUUUCGCCAUAUUUUCUCUCAAGCAGUGGUCUCCAGCCAUGAGCGAGCAGAUGGGGAUGCAGAGCACCUCUGGCGAUAAAGCCUGAGUCACCCCCCACCCCUCCCCUCCCCCCUCCACCUUCCUCACACACCAGACUCUGCUCCAAAUGAGCAGGCAUACGAAUCGCCCGUCCAUCUUCUGAACCAGUUUGAUCCAGCUGAAGGUUGCAGGUACAUACAGAUUAUACAAAUUAUUCUUUUAUGAAACGUUUAUAACAUGAUACAGUGGUUUUCCGAACAUAUAAUUGAAGGAAAGACGCCUGUUUCAGUCGACCUUCAGCAACAUUUUGAAUCAGAUGGAAGUCACAAGAGGGUGAAGCAGCGAGUCGUUUGGAAGUUUUCAGGUUUGAAUCCCGCUGCCGCAGCCUACUGCUCUUUGUCUUUGUAGUUUUGAUCGACUAUGAAUAGGAUGGGCUACAUUUAGAGAAGUAGUUUCCCCAAGGGGAUCAGUAAAUGAGAACAGUGAUAUCUAUAAAUAUAGAUUUAAGAUGUCUGUACUGUUACAACAGUUUUAUCCUGUUAAAACUCGCCCAGCCACAUCCAGUGUGUUCUGAGAGUUUCCACUAGAACCGAUCAAUAAGAUCACACUGAUCUGUUAUGGGGUCUUCCUUUUACCAAACAGUGUUAUUUACCUGCCUGACGUUUAGCGCCACUUAUGUUACAGACUAAUGACUUAAUGUUUUCUAAACCUGGUUUAUUCAGAAGAAUCUGACACAUCCAACCUGAGAGUAUUGACUGAAAACCUUUGUAUCAUGUAUGAAGAAAAGCUCCAUCUAACAGCAAAAUAUUCCCGCUUCUCACCUCAAAAUCCCCCCUGUGAGCCGUCACUGACCAUUCAGUCAGUUAAUUAUCAUAUCGAUCCUCUCACUCCUGUCACGUCCACUCUGAAGCUCUGAAACAAACGAGGUGUUUCUCUCUGUCUUCUCCUUUCUUCAUCUGCGCCGUUCAAAGAGGGACGGAGACUGACGGACUGAUUUCUCUUAAUCUGUGAAUCCAUGUGCUUCUCCUGGGUGCUACGAACAUCCACAGACUUCCAAACCACCCCGAACUGCUCACAGGCUUUUGUUUUUGUUUUGUUUUUUUCUUCUUUUUUUUUGGACACCGAGCGCUCUGGUGUGACGACCUCACGGACAGUUGUUGUACCUUUAAAGGGAGCCGUCAAGGACACAGUGAAGCUGGCCUUCAGUGUCAUUUUUAAACCCGUGAAUGGAAGCAAAAAGUGCUGAUGCGCGUUGUGAGAUUUCCCGGGACUCUUCUUAUUUAUAUGAAUGUAACGCUGUCGUUGCUUCUUGUAUUUUGCGAGUGUUGUGUAGGAUAGCGAGACUGUAGGAUAAUGUGGAGUUGCUGCAGCCAGUGUAACAGUAUGUUGUGUUAAAUCGCCCGCACAAAGUGUGGGAAUUUGCAGUGUUUGUGUACAUAUAAUGUUUUGGGUUUUUUUUUUAAGGCUCAUUUUGAAUCUGUCAGUAUGAUAAUUAUUCAGUGAAAUACAAUCUGCGGUGAGGAGGAACCGCUGCAGCAGGACUGUCUGUCGUGAUCACGCUGCUACUGGAAGCUGUUCCGAACACACGCAAGCAGCAAAAUGAAUGUAUUCAACAUUUUGUUACCAUCACGCUCCGCGCAGCCGGAGCCAUGUUGGGGCUCCGCGGCCAUUUUGAGUGGAGUGUCUAGCGCACUCCACUCGAUAGACGUUAGUAAUGACAGCCGGGCCCGGCACCAACAUCUAUCAACACCCUCUGCUCCAUCUCUGUCACCUCGCCAUAAUGGACCGUAAUAGCAGCGCGACGCUGCAUCAGGAAUCACAUUUCUUUGAUAAAGCAGAAGGUAAUAAAUGGCUGUUAUAAAUUCUGCCGUCCUGGACCUGACGACCGCCAUGCACGUGUGUGUGUGCGUGUCUGUGUGUGUGCGUGUGUGCGUGCAAGUGUGUGAUGAGCUUCAUUACACAAGUCCAAUUGGCCUGUCCCAGGGUCCCAGGCACAGUUCAGUGCCUCGGCACAAAGCGAGCUGAUGAAACCGCCUUCUGCUGACAAGCAGGAGAACUAGGUCACCUCUGAAGCAGCUUCCCUGAGGGCGAGCGACACGAGUCCAAACACCCCCGAGGAGCAGGACGUGCUGAACAACGCGCCGUGGACGCACCAAAAACACUGACUUUGUGUUUGUACAUAUGUGACUGUGUGUGUGUGUGUGUGUGUGUGUGGAGAGAAAGAGGAUGAUUCCUGAGGAGUGCGUGUCUCUGAAACAGUGUUAUCAAUAUGAUUACCCAGGGACAGUCACCGGAGCGUCUGCCUCCUGCUGUGGACCUCUUGAUUUGUGAAGAUGUCAGUCAGCAGAUGUCUGAAUGUAUAUUUAUGCCCUUUACACAUGUUGUUGUUUUUAUUACGCCUGUGAAAACACUUUUCUGUAGAAACUUUUGGAAAAACGUCCUCCUCUUUUGUCAAUAAAUGUGAAUCUAAUGUGCUAA